GCGAACAAGGUGUUUGGACGGAGUGGUGGUGGUGAGGGAGGGUUAUGGUGGUAAUAUGAGCUUGUAACUUUUCACAACGAAUGACUCGGCCACGAGUCCGCGACCUUUCGCGUAGAAUAAAGGUGGGCACGUGAACUCGCGUCAGCCCCGACGAUAGCUCAUUUCAUGUGCACUAAGCACUCCACCGGCGCUUUCCUCCACUCCUCCACCACCACCACACAACCAUGUCAACGCCCACGCCCACACCCAAGCCGACGAUCCCCGCCUCCCUCGCCGACGCGCACGUGCUCCUCGUCGCACACAACCCGCCCUCGAUCGCAGCGCUAAUCCUCACCGAAAAACUCCCUAAGCCGCUCGCCCUGCACCCGACGCCUACGACGAGCACACCUACCGCGCGCGACCUCCGACGUGCGCCCAAGCCUACCAACACCAACAGGAUCAAGCCGCUCACGGCGCGCGAGAAGCGCGCGCUCGCCGUCCACGCCCUCCCAAAGGACCUCAAGCACGCGACGUUCGCGCCGCUGCGUGAGCUGUGGACGGGGUAUGCGCGCGGGCUGGCCAUGAGCGGUUCUACGGUCAUGGCGCAGAGGCUGGCGGGCGCGGAUCUGCACGGCGCGGUUGUCGAGAUCGUUAGGUCCAGGGCGGUGGAUCGUGUUGGGAUUCGGGGGACUGUGGUGAAGGAGACUAGGGGCGUUGUGGUUAUAGUCACGGAGAGGGAUGCGGUUAAAUCGGUGCCGAAGGAGUUUACGGUUUUUAGAGUUGUGGUCGACAUGGGCGGGGAGAAGGGGAAGGGGAAGGAUAUGGUGUUCGAUCUCCACGGGUCGCAGCUGAUGUUUCGCGCGGCGGAGAGGGCGGGGAGAAAGUACAAGGGAAAGCCUAUGCUCGAUCUAUAGAGUCGAGAUCAAGGUGCUGGCCUCGGUCGAAGGUAGCCGUCCGGAGUUCGGACUACAAACGUUGGCGCAUAGUGACAUUCAAUCCGCGGCCACCACCAAAAAUGGGGUAUGUGUGGGUGUGGGUGUUUUAGUUAUUAUUCCUCUUCUAUAUCCUGAUCCCACCCGUCCUCCAGCCCCUCCAUC